GUCACGAACCAAACGACUGACGUGUAAACUUGUUGGGAAUUUUUGUGGUUUUCUAAAACGUUUGCGAAACAUUUCGCUUACGUUUGUAUUAUCAAUACGAUAUAUUCGAUAAGCUAUUAUCGCUUAUGUCCACGUAGUGUGUCUAUAAUAACAGGUAAAAAAAUAUGUUGCGUUCAAUAUUACUCUUCGCCGCUGUACUGCAGUGCACAAUUUCUCAACAAUAUCAGCAGAAAGUAGCGCCAGGUGUCCCACCACAGAACUACCAGAAUUAUCAACCGCCGCCCCCACCUCCCCAGCCUGUACAUCAACAGCCCCCACAACAACAGUAUCAACAACAACAACAAUAUCAACCCCCACCGCAACAAUACCAGCCCCAACAACAAGUGCCCGUACAACAGGUGCCUGUACAACAACAGGCGCACGCGCAUCAUGGAGAUCCUCAACUCCUGAAUGUGGCCAACAUUAACCAGGAAAGAGAUCACAUACAAGAACACAUGGACGUGCCGAUUGACACUUCCAAAAUGUCGGAGCAAGAGUUGCAGUUUCAUUAUUUCAAAAUGCACGAUUCAGACAACAAUAACAAAUUGGACGGCUGCGAGUUGAUCAAGUCGCUCAUACAUUGGCAUGAACAAGGGCACAAACAGCAACCCCAAGGCGGACAAGCGCCUGUCGGCGAAAAGAUCUUCAAAGAUGACGAACUAGUCAACUUGAUCGAUCCAAUUUUAAACAUGGACGAUCACAAUCGAGACGGCUAUAUCGAUUAUCCGGAGUUCAUCCGCGCGCAACAGAAGAGCCAGAAACAAGAGGGCAAAGCGUAACUGACAUUCCGAUGACGUUUAAAAUGUCAAUGUCAAAUGUUGGCGCGAAAGUUGACGUUUCCGUGGCAGAAUUUUAAUUUUUUUUUAAACACAGCAAUGUCCGAAAGCUUGCUGCCAAAUAAAUUUACGGACAGAAAAUAUUGUAUUGGUAUGAAAAUGCAGUAUUAUAUAUUUUUUGUAAGUCUAAAACGUGUAGUUGACUUUCCUGAAUCAAAAUAAAAAAUGAAAAUUCUGCUACGGAAUUGCAAUUAACUAUACUUUCUUAUUUUCUCUUUACAUUCUUAGUUACAUCUAAAUUGUAAUAUCUAAAAAUGAACAUGCAAAGUCAAUAUAAAAAAGACAAUUCGCAAAAUCUGGAAUGUUGUUUGGUCACAAAUGUGGAUAGAAAAUUUAUGUACAUCAUCUUUGUAUUGCAAUGUACGGAAUUACUUUGUUAAAUAGUCGAUAUUACGCUAAAAAAGCGUAAAGGUGUACAUUCUAAUUUGUUUUUUUAAAUUUACUAGCAUUUAAAGACAAUUAUAGGUUGUAUGUAGAUUUGUUUUAAUUUUGGAUCUGUGAAGACGAAUUUAUUUUUACUAAAGUGCUUCCAUUUAAUUGUAUUUAUUUUCUCGAAUAUGAUUCAUUAUGUUUUUUAACUUCUAUAUUUAAUUUUAAGCGUUUCUCGAAAGGGCAUUUAGUAUUUUGCUUAUAUACAAUCUUCCAUUACUUAAUUUUUGCCAUUUUAAUAUUUAGUAAAAUUUAUUGACUAUCAUAAUGACUGAGACAGUACCAGAUGAGUAGGUACUAUGUAUGUAACUAAAAUAUUUUAAAGUUCUUGUAAAAAAAAAUAUACAACAUACUGUCUAUCGGCAAUUCUUUGAAAAAAAAAUUGAUAUAUAGUUGUUCCUUUUCUAAACUACUUUAUACGUUCCUAGUAUAAAUUAUUGAUUAUUUUUUCUAUUUCUUUUUUACUUUCUCACAUAAACUUGAUGAAGAAAAACAUUUGUGUAAUCAACUUGUAAAUAAACUGAACCAUUUUCUAUGUAUAUUUUGAAUCAUUGCUAAAUAUAGUUUAUCAUAAACUGUCAUUAUUCCAAUUUGGACUUGGUUGUCAAGUUUGAAGUACCUUAUUUGACAGCUCUUCAGCCAAUCAGGAUCAGGAUAAGGUAUAAAAAUUCUGAUUUAGGUACAUUUUAAAAGUUGCGUACACACUGGCCCACGAACGCCAACGAUUGUUGGCGCGGUGUAUACCCAGCUUUCGAUGAGUAAUUUGUACGUCUGUCUGAGAGUCGAGUCGUUUUUUUAUCAUUUUGUGUCGGGAUCUUGAUUCAGAAAUAUGCCAUCUUUAUGCUAAACAGACUUAUAGAUUUUAACUUGAAAGAUUUACUUGCAAAUGUUUAGAUUAGUCACUCCUUUAGUGAACAAUAAAGCAUUUACCUACUUACUCUUACUGGGUAACUCAUUGAAUAAGUGUUUUUUUUUUAUCAACAGAAUCUUUUAUUUCACACUCCACCAAAUGUAAUUUCUUAAUAGUAGAUAUUUAUAGAGAUUAUAUAAAAAAGUUUCCUUGAUUUCGUCAAGUUCCCAUCAUGAUCUUUACAUGUUGAAAUGAAUUGAUGUGGGAAUAUUUCGGGAGUUAAACAAAACAAAAAAGAAUCAUACAAAUAAUUCAUGAUAAGCUAAUCGCGUAGCAAACAAGUAAGUCUAAGAUAAACUUUUUUUUAAACUAUUUAUUAAAAGUUUAUUAUGUAUGUAUAUUUUUAUAUAAUAUAAACGUAUUUAAAAAAAUUUUCUGUGUGGUAAAAGUAAAGUAAGUAUGCAUUACGAAUUUGUGUGGUAUAUUUAUGGAUGUUUCUGAAUCAAUUUGUUGGUUGUGUGACGUGUUAAACAUUGAUUAAAUUUAUACACUGA